UAUUAAUCUUAAAGAAUAAAAGAUACACAUGUAUUUGUGAUAGUGGACCACAGGUUAUUUCACAUUUUUUCCACAAUACACUGGCUUUAAAAUACUUUAUUAGGGUUUGUAUUUCAUAGACCACCAUAUAAGUGUAUCAGAUAAACAGCUCGGGGUAGUUUGUGUAAGGGUGUCACUUCUUUAAAUGUAACAGUUUGUCGAAAUUACACACUGAAAUAUCAAGUGAAUAUAAUAGAUCCUUCCUGUGCAAUAUUUGCUUUAUAGCUAUUAUGAUUGACUGCAUAUUACAAACUGCCAUUUAUUAUGAGGAUUAUCAAAAUUUCCUCAUUGGGUUCUCAAUUUUUUGUAACCAGUCAUCAGAGCUUAAUCUGACUCAAACUGUUGUGUAACGAGCACUGAGUCAAAGCAUUUCAAACAUGCAACUGACAUACAUGGCAAACCAACCCCACCUGUCUUUCAAGGUGGGUGUGACUCAAAUAUUAGAGCUUAUUCAACCCUCACCACCGGACCACGCCCCUCUCUGAAACUUUAUUUCAUGUACUUUAUGGUUCAAGUACAGUUCAAUCAUAGCAAAACAAGAUUUCUGGUCAGCAAGCAAUCGAAAGGGAAGGAGUGUGAAUUUGAGACAGAAAGGUGACAACAUCUACCUGAGGGCGAUUUAACACAUUCCACUCUGACGUCUUUACCUCCCAUACCUAGCUGCUGGCGAUGGGGGACGUUCAGAAAGGGAAGAAGGUGUUUGUCCAGAAGUGUUCCCAGUGUCACUCUGUGGAAGAAGGAGGUUGCCAUAAGGUGGGGCCAAACCUCUGGGGGCUGUUUGGAAGGAAGACGGGCCAGGCGCCUGGAUACUCCUACACUCAGGCCAACAUGGAGAAAGGUAUCAUCUGGAACGAGGAAACUCUGAACGUCUACCUUGAAAAUCCAAAGAAGUACAUUCCUGGUACCAAGAUGAUCUUCAGUGGGAUCAGAAAGAAGAAAGAAAGAGCAGAUAUUAUUGCCUACUUAAAGGACGUGACCUCCUAAUAUACUGACACAAACAGUAACACACAGAGGGAUUGAAAGAGCUUUAAAGAGUCAAAAAUGUACCGUUUCUCUUAUUUUUCUACGCCUAUUCAUUGUGGAAUUAGCCGCUCGAUGCGCACAGGAACACCUACGCUGAACUUUUAUUUGUUCAAUUAUAUUUAUCUUGUUUGUUCUUGCUGAAGAUGUUGAUUGUUCAGUUCUGGUUUAGAUUUGUAUUUGGCCCCUUUUUGUUUUUGAAUGGGUUGAAUGGGGAAGAUAUUUUACUCUUGUUCUCAUUUUCUCCUAUUUUAAGAACAACAGCUUACAAACAAACGUUUUGAUUUUCAAUUUACUAGAGCAGAUCUUGACAGGUUAUGCGUGUACUUGUAAUUCAGCAGCUGGAUCAAUAGUAACAAGUCGUUUAAUUUUUUUAAGGGGCGUUUUACAACGUCUGAACCAAUAAAUAAAAUUGUUUUGUGUCAGA